AUAAAAAAACAAAAGAUUAGAUAGAGUUAAUUGUUAAAAAAAUAUAAACUGAAUAACCAACCAUAUAAUAAUUAGGAACUGACUAAUUGUAUUAAAUUGUAGAUUAAUUAAUAGAUGAGAAUAUUAUCUUUCUUAACAGGGACAAAUAUAAUAUUACUUUGCUGUAGUAUAAUGAUUAUUAUAAAUUAUUUCAUAGAUUUAAGUGCUAUUUGUUCGGGAGGUUGCUUCUUCGACCAUUUUUUUAAAAAUUAAUUAAGAGUUCUAUUUUUUCUAUUUAUUGUUAAUUGUUUUCUAUUACUCUUAUACUUUAAGGUUUCUUUUGAGAUAAAAAAAUUAAACUAAGCUACAAGUGGAUAUAUGUUCAAUUCUUAGAGUAAUUUAACAUACAGAACAUUAAAAACAAUAACAAUGUUUGUUUUAGUCUAAAUAGUCUUACUUAUCAUAACUAAUAUUUAGUAAAAAAAUGAAGCAGACGAACUCUAGAGUAUUGAUUGCUCAAAUAAUCCAGAUCCUGGCUAAUGCUCAUUUGUAAGUGCAAACCAUUCAGUGAUUACUACUGGAAAAAUAUUGAUGAUAGCUUUUAUAGUUUUGCAUGCAAUUUUAUUUAUUUGUGGAUAUAGAAUGCUUAAUAGUCCUUCUUAAAGAGUUUAAUAAAUUUCAGAAGAUAGAAGUUCUGAAUUAAAUAAUAACUAAAUAAAUAAUAUACAAUAGUAAAGACAAGUAAAUGCAAUUGUAGCUAUACCUACAUAAGAUUAAGAAAGAAAUUUGAUAUAAGGAUAAAAUUUAGAUUAAAUGCCUCCAAACGCAAUAUUUUCUUAUUAGCCAUAAUAUCAAAAUCAAUAGAAAUAGUAAAAUCAAAUAUAAAUUGGAGAAGCUGUUUUAUUAUGA